AUGGGGGUCGAGUGGCGUCGGAAGUGGGCCGAGUACUUCACGGUGCAGCCCCCGCCGCACCCGACGUACGACCUCGAGCAAGUCAUUCAGGCUGCGCUGGACGAGGAUGCCGGCGGGCUGGGCGACAUCACGACGCUCUCGACCGUGCCUGAGGGCACGGAGGCGGAGGCCACCUUCCUCGCGAAGGACGACGGGGUGCUCGCCGGCGUCGGCGUCGCGGAGGUGGUGAUUCGCAUGGUGGACGCGACGCUGGAGCUGCAGUGGUUUCACAAGGACGGGGCGCGCGUCAACAAGGGCGACAUCAUCGGGAAGCUGUCCGGGCGCGCACAGCCGAUCCUGGUGGCCGAGCGCGUAGCGCUGAACUUUAUGCAGCGCAUGUCGGGCAUCGCGACCGCGACCGCGCAGAUGGUCGCCGCGGCCGGCCCCGGCGGCGCGCGCAUCAUGGAGACUCGGAAGACGGUGCCCGGGCUGCGGCUGCUGGACAAGUGGGCGGUGCUGGUGGGGGGGGGAGUGAACCACCGCAUCGGGCUGUACGACAUGGCGAUGAUCAAGGACAACCACAUCGCGGCGGCCGGGGGCCUCGCGGCGGCGUGCUCGCGCUGCGACGCGUACUUGAAGGACAAGAGCAUCGACGCGGAGAUCGAGGUGGAGACGCGCACGCUGGAGGAGGUGCAGCAGGCGUGCGCGUACCUGGACAACCACAAGGGCGCCACGCGGGUCGCGAGGGUGAUGCUCGACAACAUGGUGAAGCGGGAGGGGGGCGGCGUGGACACGUUGAUGCUGGAGAAGGCGGUCGAGAUGAUCGGCGGGCGGUGCGCGACGGAGGCGUCGGGGAACGUGACGCUGGAGACGGUGGGCGCGAUAGCCGCGGUCAAGGGGCUGACGUACGUGUCGUGCGGGGCGCUGACGCACUCGGUCAAGGCCCUGGAUAUCUCCCUGAACAUAGAAACGCAGUAG